AAAAUGAUUAAAGACGUGGAAAUGGGAAACUGUAACAACAGCAGUGGAACUAGACAGCGGAGGUACUUUCCAAGAUUUUCUCUCAGGACUCUUUUGUACUCCAGUCCGCUGAUUGGAAGGAGGAUUGUCAGGACUGCCAGUUCUAAUAAUCGGAGCAAAGGUAAAGAUAGAACGAGUGAUGUUGAAGGUGGUGACAGCAAGUCUACUACUAACUCCAAUAAUUUUUCACCAUGUGAUUUAUAUCGGGCACCUAGUCGUGGUUCUGUACUGAGUUCAACUGCUGGAAAGAGCUCUGAAAAUAGAUUAUUUGAAUGUCCGCUGUGCCUAGCAGAAUUACCAAACGAAGCAUUCCCAUAUAUUCAAACGUGUCUUCACCGCAGUUGCUACGACUGCUUCCAGCAGUAUUUAAAAGUUGAAAUUUCAGAGUCCAGAGUUAACAUCGCUUGCCCAGAGUGCGCUGAACCUUUGCAUCCUAAUGACAUAAGAAUGAUUCUUAAUGAUCGAGUCCAGCUGGAAAAGUACGAAGACUUUAUGGUUCGCCGUGUUCUUGCGGUGGAACCAGACGCUAGAUGGUGCCCCGCGCCAGACUGCAGUUUUGCAGUGAUCGCUUCAGGAUGUGCCAGCUGUCCCAAGUUGCACUGCAAGCGUCCAGGGUGUGAUUACUACUUCUGCUACCACUGCAAGGCACGAUGGCACCCUAAUCAAACUUGUGACGCUGCUCGUGCUCAAAGAGCUCAGCAUUAUGAUCGCAGCUCUUCUAUGAGCUUCAGUCAGAGCGAUUCUCAGCAUCGUGAUGAUAUAAAACCUUGUCCAAGAUGCCAAGUUUUGAUUGUCAAAAUGGAAGACGGAAGCUGUAAUCAUAUGAUUUGUGCGGUUUGUGGUGCUGAAUUUUGCUGGCUGUGUAUGAAGGAAAUAAGCGAUUUACAUUAUUUAAGUCCAUCAGGAUGUACAUUUUGGGGUAAAAAACCCUGGUCAAGAAAGAAAAAAAUUCUUUGGCAAUUAGGAACCCUAGUAGGAGCUCCCGUUGGAAUUGGACUAGUUGCUGGUAUUGCUGUACCUGCUAUGAUAAUCGGUAUUCCAGUAUGGGUCGGCCGCAAGCUUUACGCCCGUUACUGCAACGUAAAUAAACACAAGAGAAAUGCAUUUAUAAUUGGCGGUGUCACUGCAUCCAUUCUUGUCUCACCAGUUCUAGCAGGCUUAGCAGUAGGAAUAGGAGUUCCAAUAUUGUUAUUUUAUGUCUACGGUGUGGUACCAGUCUCGCUUUGCCGAAGUGGUGGCUGUGGAGUGUCAACAGAUGGCUCUGGAGUGCGGUUCGACUUUGACGACGAGAACGAGCUGAUGGGGGCGCUGGGAGCGCGGAACAUAGGAGAUGCCGCGUCAAUCGACGUAGCGAGCCACCGCGGAGGAAACCCUUCAAUCGGUGAAGCGUCGUUGUCUCUCGGAAGCGGAAGCCAGCUGGAGAAACUGGGCCGUGAGAACGACCGCGAGAGCGCCAGUAACGUCGCUUUGGCGGGAACAAGCUUGGCUGGUAGCAUCGCCUCGAGUGUCCUUCCUGGAGGUCAAAGAUUAGAGGUCCAGGCUGACGUGACCUCGACCCAGAGAUUCAGCCUGUGCAGCGAGACCGCUUCAGCUGCUACAAGCUUGUCAGAAAAAUCCGUCAAUGCUUCUAUUGCCGCCGAUGAUGGCGCUGCUUCUACCCGAGCUCUCGCCGGGUCUGUUCUUAAUUUUAAAAUGGAUACUUUUUCUAAAUCCGACGCCAUUAAUGAAACAACGAAUUCGGUUAAUGUUGAGUCUGCUGGUCAGGCCGCUUCUCUCAGCUCGCUGGAGGAAAUUGCUGCUGGUUUGGCCAAAAGGGCCCGCAGGAGGCCCACCUUGGACCGCCAGCACAGUGAUUCGAGUACUUGGACUCCUGGAGGUAAUAAUGCUGGAAAUGACGAUGGAGGGUCAGAGAGGGUCAGGUUUGAUGAUCAUGUCAGUUUUAUUGAAGCUGAUGAUAAUAAAAGGGAUGACAGGGCUCUUAGUUUGAGGAUCCGCUGCGAUAUCAAUUAUUAA